UGCUUCUGAAAUUAAAUCAUUAUCAUUACUGAGGCACACUGGCGCCAAAGAAACGAUGACAGCGCUCCCAGCACACACAAUGAUUCUGUUAUCAUUAAUUUUGUUGGCAAGCAGCAGGGUGAAAGCCCGGAGCCUGUAAAUCAAUGACAUGUCGAACAGAUGCUCUGUACUCCAUCAUGACAGGUAAGAUGAUCGACUGCAGAUCUGUGGAGCCCAGCUGUCCAAGCAUCCAGUUGCAGAAUACACAAGAGAGGACGGGAAAGUGUAGUGUUAGUUUGUGUGCAAGAUCGUGCCAGGUUCUGGACACGUUUCACUCUUCUAGAUGCGAUCAAUGCACCCGUACUGAGUUUGUGUCAACUAACAGAUUGACCGAAUCUCUUCUGCUUGAACCUAGAACCUAACGUUGCGUUAGUUCCAUUAUGCAGAUGACUGGGGAAAGCGAGCGUCGACGAUCAUAUCCAUGAUUUUUACUGCUAGCAAUUGUACAAAGGUCGUUAUUUCUUAGAGCAUCAGUAGGGAUACUGUCGUCAUUGUAAAUAAUAAUUAUUUCUGAAGUCGGAGCGCCUCACAUGUACCGAUUUGUGGAGCUGAUUCGCGACAUUUAGAAAUAAUCCGAACAAUUCGGUGAGCGACUCAGCCCUGAUCGAAGGCACAAUGAGACUCUCGUCCACUACGCCGUUCUCUAUGUGGAUAGCAUUGUGGCUGGCGGCCUCCGUCAGUAGUGUGUCUGCAAGGAGUGUUUCUGCAGGUAACCACUCCAGCGCUGCAAAUGAAACAGGUGAUACUGAGUCGUGUAUGGCACGCGUUCUUCAUCUACUACCAUCUACCGCUCUUCGUCUCAGCAUCCAGGAUACAGAAACUGUGCUAAGUGGUCUACAUAACCCCAUUGAUCAGCUCAACUCUGCAAAUGCUGACACAGCAUCACUAUCUGCGUUCUUAGGUGGACAGCAGAAUGCUGAUUUGCUGGUACAGUGUCUCAGUGGUCAGCUUGAGCAAUGUCGAGAAAGUCCCCAGUGUGGCGAUGCGGGAAAGUGCAUCUUCACACGUUCUUUACAAGGAAAAGGCUCAUACGUUUGCAAAUGUGAUGAUGGUCAUACCGGAAAGUUUUGUCAAACAGUACCGCCAUCCUGCUCUGGUAAUCCAUGUCAGAACGGUGCAACAUGUCGACAGAGAGGAUCAUCGUUUCAUUGUCACUGUCCACCACUGUAUAUUGGAACACGUUGUGAAGAAAAGUGGUUGGAUGUAGCUAAGUUUAAACAGCAAUCCAACACAUUAAAUCAAAUCAGUGACGAUGUUUCACAACUGAAACAUGAACUACGUGCAGGAAGACGAGAUGAUAUCAAUCGUAUUGAUUCAUAUCUUCAACAACUGGGUGCGAAGAUUCUUACCAAUGUAAACUCCACUAUGAAUCAGAUGUCAUCUCAAGUUGCCGCCCUGAAUGAAAGGCUGAACGAAGUCCAGGAAAAUCAAGAAGUGUCAUUUCUCUGUCAGAGAACAGACUCUGGUCCGCCAGGUGUAUUCAAUGGCAGAACACCGACAACAAGAUUCACUGCAUACUGUGACCGAGAGACUGAUGGAGGUGGCUGGAUUGUGUUUCAGAGAAGACAAGAUGGCUCAGUGGACUUUUACCGUGACUGGAAUGCAUACAAACGAGGAUUCGGAUCAGCUUCUGGAGAGUUCUGGCUGGGUCUAGAUACACUACACUAUCUGACGUCACAAGCUGGUAGUACUUAUGAACUGCGUAUUGAUAUGGUGUUCAAGACAACUGGAGAGAAGCAUUAUGCCAAGUGGUCAACAUUCCGUGUUGAAGGUGAAGCUAACAAUUACAGACUACACGUUUCAGGAUUCUCAAGCCCUACAUUGCAAGACAGAAUGAAUUACCACAAUGGACAACAGUUCAGUACUCGAGACCGUGACCAUGACUCAUGGAGUGGUGACUGUUCCAAUGCAUACAAGGGUGGUUGGUGGUAUAACACCUGUCACGAAAUCAAUGUCAAUGGAUUGUAUGGACGUAGUGAUGGAGACGCAACUGGUGUAGUGUACCGUCAAAACGUGUUCAAAAGUUUGAAGUUCGUGGAAAUGAAACUAAGAAGGCGUGGAUAAAACCCAAUGCACUACUAGAUUCACUACACACACUCUGCUCAUUUGCAUUCAAAUGCAACAUUCUGCACUUUUAAACGUUUCCACUGGUCUCCUCUUUUCAUGAUGGCUUAUCUCUAUCCUUGGAAAUAUGUUGUACCUCUUUCCGCCCAUACAUUUCUUUUGCAGGAGAGUCAGCCUGCAACUCGAUUCUUAAUCUCCGGGUUCCAAAAAGCCAGUAUUGCUUAUGUUUAACAUAAUAAUUAUUAAUACGCACAUGCACAAAGGGAGUGUUUACCAUUUCAGGGCAUUGCGCGCAUCUUCAUAACCAGCUCCUCCGCCACCAUACAACACAUUGAUCUCCUAGGAGCGCUUUCGUUUUAUACUUCUUAUCAGCGAGCCAUCGUGGUUACAAGAAUACAAUCACACUUUCUAAUAUACUGUACUUUUCCUGUCUACUACAAUCACCCGCAUUCUCUCACUAACCACCUGCACAUUAACCAUCUAGCGCUAUACACUUUACCAGCUGUUUUCAGAAACACUGUAGAAUGACUCACGAGCAAAAGCUGAAGUUCAAUGGAGGGGUAGUCACACUAUCGAAAAUGUCUGUGACAUGCAUAGUAGGUCUCUUACGGUUUCUUGGUGUCUUUAUAUCUUUUAAUUUGAAUUAUUUGCGGCUCCUAUUUUUAUUACUUAAAAUACACAACGGUAAGAUGGAGCCUACACUAGAGAAAUUGAGUUGUUUAGCAACAGAUCUAAUGCGUUGCUAGAACUGCGAUGAGAGCAGGGACACAUAUGUGUAGCCUCUGCUGGUGGGGCUACCAUCAUCGUCAUGUGAACUAGGAAAAGAUUACGACGCAGUCAGAGUCUUUUCAGCGGUGCAUUUCAUCUCAUGCAUGUACACCACCAUUGUACCACUACUGAAUGGCUCGCAGUCCACUGUUCCAUGAAGUUAUAGCUCGUGCUAUUGUUUACGCUCCUUGCCUCGCUCCUCCUUAAAUUCAGGCUUCCAGUCUUGGAACACAUUAUCUUACAUAACGCGACCCUCGCAGUUGAAACAUAUUUUCAAACAUUUUCUCUACUGGCUACGUGCAAAGCUCUGCGGUACAAGGGCAUCGUACAUUCUGUGACCUAUCCCACCAGGGUUGCGCUGGCGCUUACACUCACACUCCCAUUUACACCUUAUUCUCGCACUUACAUCAUCUACACUUCCACUGCGUUGU